AUGCCCUUGACAUCAUCUGCACCGCCCGUGCCGGUGAAUGCUAUGCCCUCUCCAGUCCUGUCUGACAUAUUGCCAGGACAACCCACCCCAGCAUCAGCAAAGGAAGCCUUGAUGGCCGGGCAUGCCCAAGGAGAUAGCUUUCCGGAUGAAAAGCCAGUCGACAACAAGGAGCCCGAGAAGGAGGACGCCUCAAGCCACGAGCAAAGCGAGACACUCCGGGAUGGACACAGCGAGGAUGAGGAUGAGUACAAGAAGCGCUACAAUGCAGCAGAGGCGAAGGUCCGCCGAUUAUGCGAGCCGAAGGCAAAGAGCGGCAAGAUCGAAGCGGACAAAGCCCUCGUGAGCCAGUGGCGUCAUAAAGGACAUUCCCGAAUCCAAUUGGUGAAAUUGAUGAUGGAAGCAGUGUUCCAGCAGAAGCUGGAAGUAUACCGCAAAACGGAGACGUUCCGGAAGAUGCAGACAAAGGGUGGCUACUACAACGAGGCGGAUAUGCGCAAACCUGUCAGCGAGGGUGGGCUUGCCUAUGGUACGCAGAAGAUCAAAAAGGUGAAGGCUAAGUGCGAGCAAGAGGGCCUCUACCGGCUGCUUUCCUGGAAAUAUUUUGAAAACGAGAUCGAGUACUGGGUAGACGUUCGCACUGAGGGCUUGAGAGGAUCCGAUGAACGGGAUGGUGUCAUAGAGUCCGGAAAGGCUGAUGCAGAUGGGUUUGCCUCCCAAGCCCUGGAUGCUGGCCCGCUCCGAAUUGUGCCGGCCCGAUCUUCCGACGAGAACCUCCCAGGCCUCAAGCAGGAGCAGGGGAUGAAGGGCGAUGCCAUCAUUGGCAAGAUGCUGGACGAGGCCAUCAAUGCCAGGAACAAGCUGGACAAGUUCCUGAAAAAGAUGGUGAAAGAUGAUGCUGUCACGGAGGUUGUCCUGCAGCUGAACAAGCUCUAUGACGAGCUGGCUGGAUAUCAAGCCGAGGCAAAGGUCAACGGUGUCGAUGCGAAUUUUCUCUGCUUUAAAGUGUUGCAGACGAUGCUGGAUGAGAACUACAAGAGCAUCAAACGGCAGUGCGUGCUGGCUGUUUCCUUUGAGAUCAAGAACCGGUCCCUGAAGCGCAAGAUUUCGGACCCCAGCCAGGUUCGUGCUGCCCCCAAGGCCGCCCCCAAGAGUGAGUCAAAGGAUGUGGGUAGCUGGCAGCAAGGCUCAGAAGUGCGAGUUUUUCUGAAAGCUUGCAUGGCAAGUCUGGACUGGAUACGCAAUGCUACCUACAAAGCACGGGAUUAUGUCCGCAGCUAUGGCAGAGGCGAAGCUGUGCUUGCUGAUUUCUGGGCGAACUACUGCUUGGAAAACCCGGACCAUCCAGUGGCUGAUGACAUUCAUGCUGGUACUGUUGACCCUUCUUACCUUGUUCCCCUGAAUCUUCAUGGAGAUGGAGGCCGCACAUAUAAGAAAUCAGAGCUAAUGGUGCUUCAGUUUCAGUCUUGCAUCGGCCGUGGAACAAAUCUUUCCGAGAAACGAGGACAGAAGAGGAGGUUGGGUUUCGAUGUGGAAGCUGCGCAAGUGAACCUUCGAGGACAUUCGUUGUCGACACGAUAUCUCAUUUCAGUUAUGGUCAAAAAGUAUUACAUUGAGGAUGCCAGCCCUUUGCUCGCGUUGCUUGGUCACGUUUCUGAUUGGUUUGGCGAUCUAUACAAGGAAGGGCUCAUCAUAGACCAACAACGCUGGAGAUUCUUGCCCAUAGGCUUGAAGGGGGACCUCGUGUUCCAGGCAAAAGCAGCUUCUCUCACGAGAAGUUUUGCACACGUUCGCAAGCGAGCGCCCACGAACAAAUCAAAGGGGCUCGUUGGAUGCUGCCCUUGGUGUUUGGCAGGAACGCCUGGAGUAGGCUUUGAGGAUCUGAGUGCUGCCGAGCCUGAAUGGUUGUGUACGUCAGGGGACAACAAUCCCAUGCCCUGGACUGCUUUACCUAGCUUGCUACGAAGCAUACCGCAUGCUCCCGACGCGGCUUCAUACUUGAAAAUCGAUUUGUUCCAUGUGCUCAACCUUGGAGUUUACAAAGAGUUUGCAGCUUCUUCCUUGUGCCUCAUGCUGCCUCUGCUUGCUGGCAGCUCCAACGAGGAGAACAUGAAUGCUAUGAAUCGAAAACUCAAAGCCUUCGUCAAGGAGAACCGCCUGACCUUUCACGCUGCCAAGCUUACUUUGGAUUUGAUCGGUGCCGGUACCCCCAAUUCCUAUGCUUGCGGCAGCUGGAACAAAGGACAAGAUUCUGUUGUUCUCAUGCAAUUCUUGCCAUGGUUGCUGGACCAGCUUUCUGCUAAAGACAGGCCGUACAAGUACAUUUCGGAAGGAGCUAAGGCUAUCGGCAAGUGUCUGCAUACAUUGUAUGAGGAGGAAGCCUUCAUGCCCCUCGGUGCUGCUCAUGAAGCAGCAGAGUCCGGAUUCCGGUUCUUGCUUUGCUAUGCCAAGCUAGUGGAGUAUUCGAUGCAGCAUGCCCGCUUGCUGUACAAUUUAACCCCGAAGAUACAUUACUUUCACCAUGUCAUAUGGUCCCUGCGUGCUGCUGCACGUGACAAGCAGGGGCUCCAGAGGGUUUACAAUCCAGUGUGCAAUAGCACAAGUCAAUGCGAGGACUUUAUUGGCAACAUAGCCAGGCUUUCUAGAAGAGUCUCACCCAAGCUUCCACAUACCCGUGUGCUACGCCGCUAUCAGGCAGCUCUUGCGGACAAGAUGGGUUUGCUUGACUGA